AUGCGAUUCUCACCCUUCCUCUCAACCCUCGUCUAUACCUUUUCCAACUUUUCCCGCGUCCGCGCCGCGCAGUCCCUGGGCACCCAGGCGCCUCUCGCAGCGAACCGACAGCUCCGCGCUUCCAUGCCCUCGAUCCCGUUCCUGGGCGCUCUGUUUGGAUCUUCCGCUUCGCAGCAGGAUAAGAUGUCGUACCCCGAUAAGAGGUCUGAUGAUGAGUGGCGGGCUGUUUUGAACAAGGAGCAAUUCCGCAUCCUCCGCGAAAAGGGCACCGAACCCCCCGGUUCCGGCAAGUUCGACAAGCACUACCCUUCCGAGGGCGUCUACGCCUGCGCCGGCUGCGAGGCCCCGCUCUACAAGGCCACGCACAAGUUCAAGUCGGGCUGCGGCUGGCCGGCCUACUUUGACUCGUUGCCGGGCGCCGUCGUCCGCCACGAGGACCGCAUGUUCGGCAUGACGCGCACCGAGAUUGUGUGCGCCAACUGCGGCGGGCAUCUGGGUCACGUCUUCAAGGGGGAAGGGUUUGACACCCCGACGGACGAGAGGCACUGUGUUAACAGCGUCAGUUUGACGUUUGCGCCGGAGGAGAAGAAGGGUGGGGAGGGGACUGCUGAGGGUGCGAAGGGGGAGAGUAAGGUUUAA